CUUCAUUAACUCACCAUAGCAAAGCCGGAGAGCAGAGCAGAGGUUCUGCUGGUCGCUUUGAGUUUAGCUCGACUCAAAAACUACAAGUCGAGUUACCCACAAUGCACCGCUGACGGUCACUGCGCGGAUGACGCAUUGUGGGAUUUGUGGUCCACAACAUUUUUUUUCUGUCUCUACGCGGGCUCUGUUUGAAACGUCAUGUCCUGGAAUUGUUUUUAUUUGCAGAAUCUGAACUGGCAUUGGGAAUCUGUAUGAUGAAUGAAUAAGGCAAGCCUGUAACUGGACGCCAGGUGGUUUGUGAUUGGCUGAGCCGAGGCCCCCUCUCCCCCGUCUUCAUUUUCUGGUGCAUAUGCAUGAGAUAGCAGGCUGGUGUGUUCCUGUGCAGCUGCCUGUUCCAGACAGAAAAAGAGAGGGAGAGAAACAGGAGCGAGACAUUGGGGAAGGUUAGAGGAAGAGGAAUAGAGAAAGGAAAUCGGGUGAGGAGACGGCGGGCGACUGUGAUUAGGGGGGUUGUAAUCAUGUCUAUGUUCUGUUUGUCUGGCUGGCUAUGAGAUCAGGUAGCCAUGGCCAUGUCACUGAGUGCCGACGAUGAGGAUUACGACUCGGAUACAGCCGAACAGCAACGGCUACCCAACAGAUCCAAGCCCAAAAUGGCUGCAUCAACAGCAACAACUCCGGCAGCGACUACUUCUUCAUCCACUGCAACAGCGGUCAAGCUGCCUUCCAAUCGAACCUCCUCUGGAGCUCGACGUAGACGCACACGAUGUCGAAAAUGCGAGGCAUGUGUGCGGACAGAAUGUGGAGAGUGUCACUUCUGUAAGGACAUGAAGAAGUUUGGAGGACCUGGUCGAAUGAAACAGUCUUGCAUUAUGAGACAAUGUAUAGCGCCCGUGUUACCACAUACAGCAGUAUGUGUAGUGUGCGGUGAAGCUGGUAAAGAAGACACACUUGAUGAUGAAGAUGAAAAAUUUAAUGCCAUGCUCAUGGAGUGCUCCAUCUGCAAUGAAAUUAUCCAUCCAAACUGCCUCAAGUCCGGUCUCUUGCCUAUACAGGUGAAGGAUGCAGCUGGGGUAGUAAAUGAUGAGCUUCCUAACUGCUGGGAAUGUCCAAAAUGCAAUUACGCUGGGAAGACUGGAAAAGCCUGCAAGCAAAAACGGGGCCCAGGCUUUAAGUAUGCAUCCAACCUGCCAGGCUCCCUGCUGAGGGAGCAGAAAGCAGGAAGAGAGGAAGGAGACCAGACAUCCACAUGUGCUUCAUCCAUUAAGAGGAAGAGUGAAAGGGAGGAAACUCCCAGACUGAAGACUGAAGAUCUACCAUCCCGUCUUCCCCCACUCUUGAGCCCUAGUGGCCUGCCAAGACCACGAUCUGAAGUGCCCAACUUCUUAAGGAAGAAGAGGAAGUUAUUUGACGAUGAUGAAGAGGAAGACGAGGCUAGUGCUAAAAAGAAGCCGAAGAAACCCUGGAGGCCUGAAGAGCCUUUGAUUCCUAAACUCUCUCACAUGAAAACAGAAGAAGAGGAAGACAACUCUGACGAGGAGGAAGAGAGGCAAGAGAAGCGAGAACCGCCUCGUCGUUCAUUUAAGAAAGACUACAGCACAGUAAGAAAAGAGGAAGAGCAUGAGAAAGAGAGGAGGGAGGAGAGAGAUCCACCUUUCAGAUCCCUAAAGGACUUUAACAACCUCCGGAAAGAGGAAGACCAAGAGGAAGAAAAGGAGGAUGAUUAUGAGGAAGAGGAGGAGGACAAUAAUGGCAAACGAGGCAGGGACAGCAGCCCUGCACUGAAGAACAUCUCCUUAUCGCUUGAGAGUGAUGCUUCACGGUGCAGCUCCCCAAGAGCAGGGCCAAGCAGCGAAGGUAGUGAGACUCAAGAGAAGGCACCACGUGCUCGGGCAAAGCGACACCGGCGCAAGCCCCCUAACCGCCAGCUCAGCGCAGAACUCAGCAAGCAGCUCAACAUGGAGAUCCGUCGCACAGAGCAUUCACUGGCCAAUGAGAACCAGCAGCCACUCAAGAGUGAACCCGAGGACAGUGAGAACGAGGAACCAAAGAGAGGCUUACGGAACGGGACUGCAGGGAAUGGAGGAGGAGGUGGAGGUGUUGAAAGAGGAGCAGGUGGAGAGGGAGGAGGGGAGCGUCCACACUUAAGAGCAAGGGAGAUGAAUGGGACAUCUUGGGAGCUGCGGCACUUUUACCCUCCUCAGAUUACCCCGCUUGGCUUGAACCGCAGUUCACCUACAAUCAGACCACUUCCUGCACGUUCUCCUCCCAAGUGUGUUCAGAUGGAGCGCCAUGUGAUCCGGCCACCUCCAAUCUGCCCUCCACCUGAUAGGCUACCACUAGCUGAUGGACGCAAUCACAUCGCUCCCAGAGAAGCAUGGUUGAAUAUUUUCAGUCACCUGAGCCAUCGUGAACUCUGUGUGUGCAUGCGAGUGUGCCGAACAUGGAAUCGCUGGUGCUGUGACAAGAGAUUAUGGACUCAUAUCGAUUUAAAGCGUUGUAAGUCCAUCACCCCACUGAUGCUAAGUGGGAUAAUUCGCAGACAGCCCAUCACUUUGGAUCUGAGCUGGACCAACAUCUCCAAGAAGCAAUUAAGCUGGCUUAUUAACCGAUUACCAGGACUAAGGGUGCUUCUCCUAUCAGGCUGUUCAUGGGUGGCCGUUUCAGCUCUCUGCACAUCCAGCUGUCCUCUGCUGCGUACUCUAGACCUGCAAUGGGUGGAGGGGCUCAAAGACCCCCAGAUGAGGGACCUACUAUCUCCUCCGACUGACAACAGGCCAGGUCAGAUGGACACACGCAGCAAACUUCGGAAUGUUACUGACCUGCGUCUGGCUGGUUUGGACAUCACGGACAGCUCUCUGCGUCUCAUCAUUAAAAAUAUGCCUGUACUCUCCCGUCUGGACUUGAGUUACUGCAACCAUAUCAAUGACCAGUCAGUAAACCUGCUGACUGCUGCAGGGACCACCACUAGAGACUCCUUAACUGAUGUCAACCUUUCUGUGUGUAACAGGGUCACUGAUCAGUCGCUGAUCUACUUCAAACGCUGCGGAAGCAUCUGCCGCAUUGACCUGCGAUUUUGCAAGCAGGUGAACCGGCAGGCAUGUGAGCGCUUCAUUGCUGAGAUGUCGGUCAUCGUUCCCUUCCAACUGCAAGAGGAUAAACUUCUCCAAAAACUUCACAGCACCCCCUAGUGUCUGGGAGGAAUUGAACGCCAAUCUAAAAUGAUACCAUGUAUCAGAUGCACUCGUGUUUGGAUUGAAACUGGAUUCACACAUUUGAAAAAAAGCACUGCAACACAUAUGUGGACAAAGUGUUUGUCAGCUCCUUUCAAACUGGAAAAAAGAGCAGACAUAUUGUACUUAAAGGCACAUAAUUCUGCUCCUAUUCGAAAUGGUGUAUUCUGAAGAUGGAUUUCUUCCAGCAAAUUCUGUUAAUCUUUGAGAUUAUACAUGUUAUUAGCAAGCGAUUGUAUUUAAUAGGUGGUGUGGUAAAAAGCAGUGAAAGCAGUGGACAUGUAUGUAUGUGUAUAUAUAUAUAUAUAUAUAUAUAUAUAUAUAUAUAUAUAUAUAUAUACACACACCAUCUACAUACUCACUGAAUACUACAAACACUUAUUCCAUGAGUAAGCAUGAUUGUACAUUGUUAUUCAAAACCCUCCAAAGUUUUUUUUUUGUAUAAAAGAUGUAUCAAUUCAGAUUUGUGCUGUAUUUGGUUCAGUACUAGGUAUAUGUAUUGUUCUCUAUUUUUUUUCUUUUUAAUAUAAUGGAAUUUUUAAAUAUAUCUGUCCAUUUUAUGUCAUCAGUUUUGGAAUAUUCCAAUCUGAUCAGCAUUUUUCAGUCACGAGUUUUGACUGAUUUGAAUUUCAAGUACUUGCUGUUCGAAUCUCAGAGCAGAUAUAGAAGUGAAAUUUGUUAUUUUGAGGUCUAUUUAUAAAACAGUGCCAUAUUCCAUCUGUGUUGUUUUACACUGCUGUAACAGGCAAAACUUCAGCUAUCAGUAUGACUUUGUAGAGCAUGGUUCUACACGUGUUGGACCAAACAAAUUGCUGAAUACAUAUUCCAGCUAGCUCAGUAAUUGUUUUGUUCAACACAAUCAGGUAGUUCUGCAUUUUUUCCCCCCAUGAGGUCAAAAAAGACUUCACUGAACAUCAAUGCAGUAUUUGUCUAUGAAAGUCGUCAUGUGAUUUUAUUCCUUCCACAGUGAUUAUUAUUGUAAAAUGGUAACUGUGAUGAUGACAGAUGAUUUUAAUAGUGUAUUGUGAGUUUGUCUCAGGAUGGUGACUAUCAGAAAGAGGGAGUGUGCCAUCUGAUCUAAGCCACCAUACUUGUACCACUAUAAAUUAAGGCAUUGUUCGCCAUCUAAAACACUCUUAAUGUACAUUCGGCUAUUUAUAUUUGUAUGUAAUUAAAAGAAAUGAUUUUACUGUGAGACAUCUGAAAAGUGAAAUUAUUUUCCCAAAAAAUGUACAUCAUUAUAUGCAUACAUGUACCUGUAUUAGAUUAAAUAUACAAUUUUAAAAUGCUGCUUAAAGCAGGGAACAUUUUCAAUGUUAAGAGCCAUUGGUAAGCAAUAUUACUUUCAUAAUCUUACAUAUAAGUGCAAAAGUAGAAAUGUUCAAAAAGAAAACUGGUUUCAUACUGACUUAAUGAAACAGUACAGCAAUUUGACAUUUAAGAAUCACAAUCCAGUACAAAUCUUUCUUAGCACUUUUAAGCAUCACAAGGGUAACUAAGAACAUACAUACUGCUUUGUCUUGUUUGUUAAUUCUAUAUUAUAGUAACAGAGCAACUGACCAAACGAAGCAAAUACCAAGUUAUUUUUUGUUAAGAAAAAUAAACUUAUCUGAAUAGGCAUAUACAUAGGAAUAAACGGUAUGUCAGGUUAAACAAGGAUUUAAUGAAUCUGAAUAUAUAGCUUAGCAUUACAUGAAUCCCUUAUAAUCUAAAAUGCCACACAAAAAGAGAGGCUGGUAUUGCUGUGGUGUCUGAAUAAAGCAUUAAUUUGUGCAGCUGAUGCUUGUCAGCGCUAUGCAAUGUGCCAUGAUGCAACAUUUAAUAAGGUUUAUCACACAAGUUAGUAAAUGGCUACAAAAUAUGGGUAGAUCAUUUGUAUGGGAAGUGAAGUCCUUAUUUUCAUUUCAUUUUUUUUUUGUUUUCCGACUUAAACACAUCAAUUCAAGUACUAACAAUAUCUGAAAAGCAACUGUAGUAGUGCACUGAAGACAGAGAAAGGCAUCUUUUGGCACCUUAAUCAUCCCUCUUGUUUUACACUGUGCAUUUUGAUUAAGUUAUUGUUACUUUGCACAUACAUAAAAUGCACAUUUUCGAAUUAUAUUGACACUCAGUUACACUGUGCCCAUUUAUGGUCCUACUUUGCAUACAAAACAGUUCUAUCCCUUCUCAUUUAUCACCACUUACACUGAUUUAACAACAGGUUUCUAGGCUGCUUUUCCAGUCACAUACUCAAAAGAACAGUGGUGACUGAGAAACUAGCAAAUGUUCUUAAGACAUCUGACAAAGAAAGGAAGUCAUAUGAUAAAAAA